AUGAUGAUAGUCACUAUGAACAUCGAAAACAGUGAGACUGUGUCUGUUCCAAUUGCCAUUGAAAUCACAACAGAAAACUCGACUAAAUUGGAUUACGACGAGUUGAAAGAAGACAAGAAACUUGGAGAAGGCUCGUUUGGCGUUGUCUACAAAGGAACUUACAGAGGAAAUGUUGUUGCUAUCAAGAAAAUGAAACAAUCAAAUGACACAGACAAACUCAUCGAAGAAUUUGAAAAUGAAGUGUCAAUGUUGGACAAAUUUAGAAGUGAGUAUAUUGUCCAUUUUUAUGGAGCUGUCUUUAUACCAAGUAAGAUAUGUAUGGUCACAGAAUUUGCACAAUAUGGAAGUCUACAAGACUUGAUCAAACACAGAAAAAGUGAACAAAUUCCGCCAAUGAAAAUUCGAGUUAAAAUGAUGAUUGAUGGAGCAAGAGGUGUAUUAUAUUUACAUGAGAACGGGAUACUACACAGAGACAUCAAGCCAGACAACAUUCUUGUUAUUUCACUUGACUUGAAUGAGAAGGUCAAUGCAAAAUUGACUGACUUUGGAAGUGCAAGAAAUGUCAACAUGUUGAUGACUAACAUGACAUUUACAAAGGGUAUUGGAACUCCAGUGUAUAUGGCACCUGAGAUUUUAAACAAAGAAAAGUAUAAGAAGGCCGCGGAUAUCUUCUCAUUUGGAAUAACUAUGUAUGAAGUUUUUGGGUGGUGCGAAGCAUAUCAAAACGACACAUUCAAAUUUCCAUGGAAAAUCGCGGAGUUUGUGAUUCAAAACAAUCGACUGAAACGAAAAGACCCAAUGGAAGAAGAACAGUACAACAUCAUCACACAAUGUUGGUGCCAAGACCCCAAAAGUCGUCCACAAAUGGAGAUGGUAGUGGAACAACUUGAAAAUCUAUUAUGA